UGGCGAGUGCUUAAAUUACUUGGAUCCGGUGGAUUUGGUGAUGUGUAUAAAGUUGUUAAGCACGAUAAUCCUGAUAAAACAGAAUCCGCGAUGAAAACAGAAAUGGUAUUAGGUGAUCGAAGAAUGUUAAGAUUGAAAAUUGAAGUAAUGGUAUUGAUGAAAUGUCACGAGCAGACAGAUCCAAACUCUAAGCAACACUUUGUAGCAUUUGUAGAUCGAGGAAAAACUGCCAAAUUUAAGUUUCUUGUUAUGGGUUUGGUUGGAAAAUCGUUGGAAGAUAUUCGAAGAGAUGUACUCGGUCACAAUUAUAGCAGAUCAACAGUAAUGCAAUGUAGUAUACAAACAUUAAUUGCUGUGAGAGAUCUUCACGGCUUAGGUUAUCUGCAUAGGGAUAUUAAACCACAAAACUAUGCUGUUGGUCUCGGUGAGAAACAAAAUACCGUUUAUAUGCUGGAUUUUGGUAUUGCCCGUAAAUUUACAGUAGGAGAAACCAAAGAAGUCAAAAUAGCUAGAGCAAAGGUCAGUUUUCUUGGUACAGUUCGAUUUGCAUCACGAGCAUGUCAUAAAUGCAUUGAGCAAGGGCGAAAGGACGAUUUGGAAUCAUGGAUUUUUAUGGUGAGCAUGUCGAGUUACUUCCAGGUUUUAUAG